AUGGCGCAAAGAACAAGAUACGUCCAUCGGAGAAUUCCCGAGAUCUCGCUCCGUGAUUUCGACAGCCGAAUCGAUGAAAUCACCUCCCAGCUAUGUGACGCCGCCGAGAACGUCGGCUUCUUUUCCAUCAAGGACCACGGCCUCAGCCAAUCCGAAGUUGAUAGGAUGUUCUCUGUAUCCGAGUCCUUCUUCGCUCUACCUGAUGAGGCAAAAGCCACCGUACCAUGGAGUCCCAAGAACGUCGGCUGGGAGAAGCUGUCACAGAUCAGACCGUCCACGGGUGCAGCCGACCAAAAGGAGUCAUAUCAACUUCAAUUCGGCGAAAACAUGAACGGGGUCUGGGCUAGCGACGAAAUUCUCCCCGGCUUCAAAGAAAAGUCUCUAACGUUCAUGCAUCGCGUGCAAGCCAUCUCGGAACGGUUGAUGCUUUGCCUUGCCCGUGGUCUCGGCUUCGAGGACGACUACUUCAUCAAGUACCACGAUGCUGCCCGCCCCGGCGCACAGUCUGUGCUCCGGCUUCUGCAUUACUACGAAACUCCGCGCGUCAAUGAUGGGAAGGUGUAUCAUCGUGCAGGCGCCCACGCCGACUGGGGUUUCCUUACGCUGCUGUUCCAACGCGAAGGGCAGUCGGGACUCGAGAUUUGUCCUGGUCGUGAGGCUGUCAGUGAGCAUGCCCUUGGGGAUGAAUGGACAAAGGUCGAGAUCAAGCCAGGGGUCAUCAUAUGCAACAUCGGGGACUUGCUGAUGAGUUGGAGCGAUGAUCGGUUCAAGAGUACACACCAUCGGGUUAAGGCGCCGUGUGAAGAGGGGGAUUUCUAUGGGGAAAGAUACAGCAUGGCCUUCUUCAAUCAGCCAUGUAAAGAGGCUGUCAUCCAGGGCCCCUUGAAGAAGUAUCCGAUGGUGACAGGAGAGGAGUUUAACCGCAAUGCGAUGAAUAGGAUGUACGCGGCGUUGCAGGCGAAGAUGGCUGGGAAUGAAGUCAAGACUUGA